AUGUGCCGCAAAGCUGGCAGGUUAUCACCACCAAAGCGGAGAGAAGUGCAGUGGAGAGGAAAUCGUGGCAAGAUUCUCCAAAGCUUUAAUCAGCUGAACGACACGAGGAGAGAUCUCACACAAUUAAUAAACCUGUGGAGUUAUACAAAAAUCAAUAUCAAAAAGAGGGACUUCGAAUAUAGGCGCAAUUAUAAUGCAACUGGUGGAAGCCCUCGCCUGCCUAGUCACACCUGUUACCUCAGAACAGAGAAAAUUAUUUCUCUUGGUAAAAUCUCGAGAGAAAUAAAUGGAAUUCCAAGAAGCAGAGUACAGAAGGCAUAUGGAAAUAAUGGAAGCAGAACAUAA